AUGCUUUUUGCUCGUUCCAUCAUCACAAUCUCCUGUAUUGUCCUGUCUGUUGUAAAUGCAGCUCCUGUUAUUCCAUCACCAUCAUCACCAUCAUCAUCCAAAUCAUACAUUUCUGAAGCUGGCUUUCUUUUGACCGAGAGCUUAUCAGAAUACUAUGAAAACAUCGUAGAUCAAGUCAUGCUGGAUGUCUCUGAGGAUGUCCUGACUUAUUUGCCACAAUCUAUUAGCCAUGGCAACGUUGAAGCUCGUCAUUUGGCUCAAAAAUCAAUGAACCGUAAUCUUAACUUUAUGCGUGCAAGUCUACUAGCAUCUGUGAACCCUCUCGUCUCUACUGAUAUCCCUCUAAUCGAAGGCUUAGGCGCUGUCCAACAAAUUGAUAAUACUCAAGAACGCACCAACCAAGAUGAAAUUGAGGCAAACUUACUUGGCUCCAUCAUGACGUUGAACAAAAAGAUCAGCCAUCAACUUGGCUUGAUUGUCAAUGCUGAGCAAUCAUCCAGCAUCUUGAUGCGUCAAGCCACCACACAGAUUACAAAGCAGGUUGAAAUCGAGAAGCCCACCGUGGUUACUGUUGAAUGGAAGCUUCGUCAACCCUUCCAAAUCAAUGUUAUCCGUCAAGAAGAACAACAACAACAACAAGAUGUGACAUCUGAGUCUGAAUGGCUUUAUGGUCAAUUAUCAUCUGUAGAGAUCAAUUUACUAAAUGAAUUCAAUGAUCGUGCUCAGGAAGCUGUUCAACUUGUCAUGGAGAGUUUAGCUCUUGAUGUUUAA